AUGCCUUUUCAAAUCUUUUCAAAGAAUUCACAAAAAUCUUCUGAUUCAAAAUCAUCAUUAUUAUCCAAGACAGAAUUCAACAAACUUGAGAAGAACUUGAAGACUCUUUAUUUCACUGGAUUAUUCCAGAAAAACCAGGCAACCGCCAGGUUCAUUGCCAAAUACCAAAAGGCAAAAUUAAAUUCCUCCUAUCCAAUGUCAAUGAAUGAAUUCUUGAAAUCCAUUUAUAACGAGACACCCCAAAAUGAGAUACCCGAGCAAAUUCACAAAUUGUUCGUUCAAAUUGCCAUGAAUGAAGACAUAGAAAGCCACAAUCCUGUUCCCGCUGACAAUACAAAUAAAUCAUCAAUCGAAUUGGAAUCAUCUUUUGACAAUACCGUCACUGUUAACAAUGCUUCAACAUCUGCCACUACUGUUGCUGAUGAAACCACCUGUACUCCUGUUGUUCCUGAUGUUGUUUUUGCUGAAACCACCUGUACUGUUGUUGUUCCUGAUGUUGUUUUUGCUGAACCUACCACUACUGUUGUUGUUCCUGAUGCUGUUGUUGCUGCUCCUGUUGUUAUUCCUGCUGCUGCUGCUCCCACUGCUACAACCACUAGUAUUCCUCCUAUUGCUGCUACUACUGCCACCAAAACAAUUUUGCUGUCAUCUGAUACAAUUUUAUUUUCAGCGGACGAUGAGGACCCAGAAGAAGAAGAAGAAUUCGAGUUUCACGCCAUACAAAAUACCACAACUUCAUUUAAGUCUAAACUUUUUAACACCUGGUACAAAACCAAAAUUCGUUCCAAGGCGUUUAGAAUCAAGAGUGUCAAACAAAUCAAGAAAUUGUUCACGUUCUUUU